UACGGUGUAUUUUUUGUAUCGGAGAGAGAAAAGGAGAGAUAACUAGACAGGGGUCAGUCGGCAGUCGCUUCCCUUGUUGCUUGUGUUUGGCGGUGUGGACUAGAGGACGUUUCUUGUGUGGGUACUUGUGGCUAGGGUCAAACCCACACAUCAGUACUGCAGGUGUUUUAGCGUGUGGAUAUAGCGGGAAGUGCUGGAUAACAGGAUUAUAUUAGUGGAUGACACUGGAUAUCACUUGGUACAAGUAGUUUGGAUAUUGAUUUCUUUGAUUCUGUGAGUUUAUUUCAUCGACUGAGCCUCAAUAUUGAGAUACACAUGUCAUGUGCUAGACAACGGAGGGUUAACAUGAAUUCAAGACUACUGAAGGAGUAAAGUUAAAAAUUAAAAAAAAAGGAAGUUUAUAACGUGAGAACCUCUGACUUUGUUACUUUGACUACAGUGGACACCGUACAAUGGAUGCACGAAGUUUUUCCUUGAGCAGUGGAUUACUUGUUGCUCUGGUCUGUGUCAUUUCGUUGAUCCACGUGACUUUCAGUGACCCCAAUGUGGAGUUUACUUUGGAGGAAGAGAAAGUCGUAGGCACAGAAGUGGGCAGUCUUGGAGACGACACUGUGUUGCCCCUGGGUCUGGAGGCAUCGGUGAGAGGAUCCCUAGGGUACAAUCUCUUACCUUUGGGCUUCCCACGGUCAUCGCUAUUUAGAGUGGACGAGCACACUGGUCAGAUUUUCACGAAAGCCAGAAUAGACCGAGAAAGUCUUUGCCCCACGGACAGGCAAUGUGAUCUUGACAUUCAAGUGGCCGUGCAGUCCGCAGUUAGCCAGUUCUUCAAAAAGGUCAGAGUGACCAUCAGGGUGCAGGACAUCAACGACAACUCCCCCGCUUUUCCUAGACAGACCACCACCCUGAACAUCCUUGAGAGCGCCGCAGUCGGCACCAACUUUCCGCUGGAGUCGGCCACCGAUUUGGACAUCGGAACCAACGGAGUGCGGGACUACGAGCUGGCGCCGAACGAUGGCCCUUUCUAUAUCAACCUGACCCGAGUGGACAAUGAGAUUACAAUGAUGAGUCUUGUACUGCGGCAAGAGCUGGACAGGGAGACAAAGUCUAAUCACAGGAUGCUGCUGACGGCCAGGGACGGCGGGCAGCCCCCGAGAUCAGGCAGCAUGACCAUACUGGUUAAUGUCGAGGAUGUGAACGACAACCCUCCAGUCUUCGACAGGUCACUUUACAACGUCACGAUGCCAGAGAUUGCUUCUGCGGGCACUCCUGUAGUCACAGUAUCGGCCACUGACCAAGACACUGACCAGUACAAUAUCAAGGAGUACAGGUUCGCUCCACUGGACCGCGAAGACGUCACUAAGUACUUCGCUAUCAAUGGUUCUACUGGACAGAUCACAGUGUCAGGGUCACUGCUAGAGAAACAAGGGGACACCUUUAGAAUUCUUGUGGAAUGUCUAGACAAAGGAGUUCCGCCACUGGUGUCCAGAGCUGAGGUAGACGUGACGGUGGAGGACACGGUCAACAGCGCCCCCAUAGUCAGUGUGAACAUCAUGUUUGGCGGCUCUGUCUCAGAGUUGGCUCAGUCUGGCACUGUGGUGGCGUUAGUUGGAGUGCUGGAUCGGGACGCUGGUUUGAACGGUUUGGUGUCCUGCUCCAUUGUGAGCGAUGCCUUUGAGCUGCAGCCGCUGUCGGUCAAUGAAUACAAGGUCAUUGUGGUCAGAAAACUGGAUAGAGAAGUUGAACCAGUGCUUAACGUGACCGUCACGUGUGAGGAUGCAGGCUCUCCCAAGAUGUCCAGCUCUGUUAAUUUUGAAGUCAAGGUCAAGGACGAGAAUGACAAUUUCCCAGUUUUCACUGAAUCUCUCUACCAAAAGUCCGUCCCAGAAAACAACCGCCCAGGUCAGGUGAUCCUUAAAGUUACAGCCACUGACGCAGACUACGGAGAGAAUGGGCGAGUGUCCUACUCUCUCGUUGGCGUGGACGAUGAGCUGCUCCGCAUCGACACGCGUGGAAGCAUCUCUGCCGUGAAGUCCUUGGACCAUGAGGUAACGCCCUUGCUGAGGUUCAAGGUCGUGGCCAUGGACAAUGGCGUGGACAGAAAGAGCUCGACAGCUGAGGUUAUCAUAGAGAUCACCGACUUAAACGACGAGGUCCCGACCUUUGAGAAGUCUUCUUAUGAGUUUGAGGUCAGUGAAAACAUGUCAGAGAAUACCACCGUUGGGUCAGUGCUGGCCACAGACAGGGACAGUGGCGAUAAUGGAAAGAUUGUGUACUCUCUUCUGCCAAAGCUGAGUCCAUUUAUAAUUUUGACCAAUGGUCUUAUUGUAACCAAAGAUAUACUGGACAGAGAGCAGCGAGAUAGCUACACAAUCACUGUGUACGCGGAAGACAAAGGAAGGCCUCCCUUGACCGGAAGCACCACCGUGGUGGUAAAAAUAGGGGACCAGAAUGACCACAGGCCCAGGAUAAUCUAUCCACGAAGUGGCAACAGUACAGUGGCUGUGUCAUUUGAUGCUAAGCCUGGAUCAGUCGUGCUGAGUAUCCUCGCCGAGGACGAAGAUGAAGGCGCUAACAAGGAACUGGAGUACAUCCUGGCGUCCAACACGGCCUCGUCAAUCUUCAAACUGACCAAAGACAAAGGGGAGCUCAUUCUGCAGAGGGUUUUGACCCCGCAGGACUCCGGCCGGCACCGGCUAACCGUGGUGGUCACUGAUAAGAGCUCUGCGUUUCCACUUUUCACGAACUCCACGUUUGACGUCAUCAUUUUUGCGCCCAACGAGACCGAGGCCCAGAGCAAAGACAAAGAGAAGGAACAUGUUCUGGUGGUCAUCAUUCUGGGCGUGGUCACCGGAGUUGUAACGGUGGCGGUCAUCAUCACCAUUGUGGUCAUUAGGCGAGCUGACGCCCAGAGAAGGAAGUACCAUCAUUCCAGGGCCAAGAUGGUCUCCGAAGUUGAAAAGUUGGAGUCGGACAAAAACACAGUGGGUUACGUCAUCAGUAACAGUGUAUCUGAUGGGACCAAGACAAGGGGAAGUCACGACGGAAGUGGUGACAUGACAAGGGACACUACUCAAGAUGAAGGAUUUGGAGACAAGUCGUUCAAUACUUCCCAAGGGUCAGGAGGCACUAGUGACCAAUCAGACUGGAACAAAGCUUUGAGGUUACACCAGGACCUACUCAAGCUUCACGGCGUGGACCCAUCGUGUCUCAUGCACAGCGCCACUGGGGAUGACGUCACCAGCGAUGGAUCCGGGGAGAGCACCACGUGCGACAGUGGGCGUGGCGGAAGCGAGGAAGAUAACGGAAGCCAUGGAAGGGCGUCGCCCGUUAAUAAAGAUGUGUCUAGCUUCAACAAUCUUAACAAUCCCCCAAGACCGCUGAGACAAUCCUUUGGACAAAGAGUCCCAAACAUUCCAAGGUCCGGCUUCCCUCUCAUGACCAUCAGGCAGCAUAGCAACUCUUCAUCGGACGCCAAGUCUCCCACGGGCUCCAUGCGAUCCUUCAGCGCCCCUCCAGUGAAGCAUGUCUCCUUUCGGGACGACUUCCGUCAAGAUUGGUCAGACCUGCCGCUCCGAGGACCCAUCUCUCGACCGAGUGAGGACACCAAAUGGGGCUCCACCUUCGGUGUCGAUCUGAACCGGUCGAAUAUCCGAGGCCAAGGCGGGGAGCUCAACCUGAUCCUCGACCACAGCUUCGACACAGCCGACGACGGUAACAGCACCACUACCAGCGGGAGCUACACGGUAGAUGACCUGUCACCUCGCGGCAUCAACCUUCACAAUUACCUUCCGGAACAGGCAGCAGUUUGACGUCACAAGCAGGCCUUUAGCAUUAUAUACUAAAACAAUUCAUUCAAACUACAUCCAAGAGGACUACAACGCUCUGGAAAAUAGUUCCAAUUAAAUGCGAAACCAAGGUUUUACUUGGAGAGGGUCUUGCAGAAUCGUAAAGGUUGCGUAACUAAUGAACCGGGAAAGGUUAACGCUACGUACAGCCGUAGUACAUUGGCUUCAAGACAAAAUUUCCCGGUCCGGGAAUCCUGCUUUUCCUUGAUUACGUCCGUAUACAUGUUUACUGACAUAUCUACGACUCCAGUAUGUGGCGAAACCUUUGACCUCCCGCUAGACUGCUGGGCAGGAAGUAAGAUUUAAAAAAAAGAAGGAAAAAAAAGUGUACACAAUACCAUCUGCAGCCACUCUUUUACCGACUCGGAUAUUUAGUAAACAACUCGCGCAUAUCGACAGAUCUGGCCCCAGGUCUGAAACCCUCUCUGGCCAUCUCUUCUAACAUCUGUAACGGAAGAAACAAAAGUCGCGUAGAAGUUUCUUUUGUGUGCACAAAAAUUGUGCGAGUUUGUUGCUUUUUAAUAUUUCCAAAACAAUGUUUGGCUUUUUCAGUGUAAGGCAAGAUAGUGCAGGUAACGAAUGAAGAAUUGAUUCUCUUUUGAGAUAGGUGAAAGUUAGAGAUUACAGACAGAUGUAAAUAAUGUUUAUACAAAAUACUGAUAGUUCGUUAGCGGAGCAGAACUGUGAAGACAUUGAGCUUAUUAUUUAUAGACUUCUUUGCAAUAGGUUUCUUUUUGAUUGAAGUUUUAACACUUACCAACAAAUUUGAAAGAACUUAAAAAACUUGGACUACCGAUGGAGUUAUUUAAAUAUCAGAAUGUAUAUGAGCUGCUAAAUGUUGCGUUUAGGAAAACAUUGACUUUGAGUAGGCGUUAAGCAAGUUUUGACUCAUGUUAGACAAAUAUAUUUAGCAAUAUGGACGAAAUUUGAGCCUUCAGAUGCAAUAUGCCUGAAGUGUUUACAUGUGUAAAAUAUAUUUAGAUGUCUUCUGUUAGUAGCUAAGGUUUCUUUUAAGUAGUUCUUACUGUGCCUAGUUCAAUUUUAAAUAAAUAACGCGAGCAAAAAGAAAUAUAUGCAACAUCUGAAGAUGUACAGCUAAAAAAAACAAAACCUGCCCAUACGAUGUUUGCCUUUACUUUUCGUGUUAAACAGACAAGUGAAAUUAAUAGUUCCUUUUAAACAGAAGUGUAAAAUGGUAUUAGGGUAAGACGUACAUGUCUCUUUUACAUACCAUCCAAUCGAUGGAAUGGCUUCAAACUCUACCAAGACUUCUUAUAUUCCUUUGUAUGUUAUCAUUGUGAAAUAUGUGGAAUUCUACAUUCUUGCAAAUCUAACGCAAUUUUAAUGUUCAGUUACAUUUCUUUAGCAAUAUGAAUUUACUAACAAAGAAAUAACCAAACAUGAGUAAAUAAAUAAAUAAUAAAUGUUGAAAUGUAACAAAUUGUAAAUUACUCUGUAUAUUUGAAUUUUUAUGUUCUGGUUGAGAAAUGUUUGAUAUGUCAUGAGCUCGCCUGGAGUCUGCUUGUUUUUUUGUAUUUAUUUAUCUCCCUUGUUUGUAUCUCAUCAUUGCUAAAGUUAGCGAUAUGAAAGAAAAUGUUGACACCUUAGGAAAAAGGGCAAAGUUCAUGGAGAGUUUAGGUACACAUUUCUCAUCUUGUUUUUUUUGUUCUCUUAAUCAUUGUUGUAUUGUAAAUAGUUAUUUAUAUUGAAGAUCUGGAUGACCAGGUCUGGACUAGUCUACGUCACAUGAGUUGUGUUUGCAGCAGGUCGUGUUCGCUAUAUUUGAAUUCCAAAACUAAAUGCUGAGGUAUUAGCACAGUAGAGACAUGAAGAUCUAGCCAAGUCAAAAUACACGCGUUCUAUAUAAAAGUAAAACUCAUUUUCUUUGCUGAUACAUUUAUUUAUCUCUUUCAAUAAAGAUCUACAAUGUUCUAAAUGUCUAUAGAAAUGUUUAUAUUAACAAAACAUACCCCUCAGCAGUGCCGGCCUUAAGCCACUGCAACCUAUGCGGUCGCAGUGGGCCCCGCAAUUUUAUAGGGCCCGCGCUAAUUCUAUGAGUAAAUUAUUAAAUUAAACCAUUAUAACUUAUAUAUAAUAGCAGGGUUUCCGCUGCCUCUUGAUUUUACAGGGUCUUCUGUAAUUGCAAAAUAUAAGAAAAAGUCUAGGAAAUCUGAAAUUAUUAAAAUCUCCUGAAAAUAGACAAACAUUUUAAUUUUGGGGUGUCAAUCGAUAGAAAAAAAAAACGGCAUUGUCAGCUUUCAUUUAAUAAACUUUUAUUACUAAGACGAAUGUAUUUUCUAAUACAAAAUCUUAAUUUUAACGUUAUGCUUAUUCUUAUCAAGACUGGUCCACGCGCCAUUCAUUUCGAAUAGGGCCCUGCAAUUGUUAGAGCCGGCCCUGCCCCUCAGUCAGUACGUUUCAUAAUUACCUUUAAUUUCACGGUGUAGAAUCUAAUGAAGAGCAAGGUUCUUUUCUAGAACUUCCAAAUGAGUUGAAAAAAAAAAUAUUUCUGUGGAUUUAUUUCGAACACCACGAUAUAUUCGAAUUGUAAUAUUUAGACAAAUGAAUUGUAAGAUAUGUGUACUAACAUGUAUGUGCCUGCAUGACAGUGUGUUGGUUUACUCGGAGACUCUGUAUACUGAGACUUGCUAUUGUGUAUUCAUUUUGUUUUAUGUUUAUUACAUUUAAUGUAAAACUGAUGUGCAAGUGUGUGUGUGUGUGUGUUACAUGUGUGACUUGAUGUGUACAUAUUUAUGAACCAAUGUUUGAAAACCACUGAUGACAAAACAGUAUGACCAGUAUUAAUAAAGUAUAUUAACAAUAUAACAAAUCGAGUUAUAUUUCUCUU